AUGGCCAAUGUGCAAGAUAAAGAAUCUCGUAUUGUAAAAGUUAUAUCUGGAUUAAAUUCUCGUAAUAAAAAAUUACAAGACAGGUGCAUAAAGCAAGAUCAGGGGUUUGAUCGUGAACGGAAAGGUUGGGAACAGGAGAGAAAAAAAUGGAGUCAGACAGUAGAUGAAUCCAAUACUGCGAUUCAGAAUUUACGUGCCCAUGAUCUGGAGCUUAUUGCUGAGACUAAACGUCUGCAGAUUAAAAAUGCUAGCAAAGAUAUUUCUCUUGCAAGUUUUAAAGCCGAUAACGAUAUAAAUUCCAAGAAAAUUAGAUCACUUGAGUCUAUGAUCAAGAUAUUGGAAGGUAAGUUGAAAUCGGCUCAGAUGGAUGUGCUUUCGGUUCAAAAUGACUCACUAAAAAAAGAUUCCGAGAUAUUAUCCCUUAAAUCCAAAAUAGCUGAAUUAGAAAAUAUAAAGAGCGAAUUGGAAUCGAAAGUUAAUGAGCUUGAGUGUCUGAAAUCGGAGGGGGUAUCGAAACCCAUAGUUGGUGGGGAUGAUGAAAAAAAUAUGACCAAGUCUGAUGAUAUAUCUGCAGUUAAUGAACCUAGCAAAAAUCUAAGUAAGUAUUUUGUACAUGGAAAAAGUAUGGAUCAAACUGAAAAAAUCGAUGGUAAUAUCUCGGAUCAUACUAGGCCUUUAAGCGCCUCAAAGAGGCAUGACGAGAUUACUGAACCAUCAAAAGUCGAUACUGAGAUCAGCUCUAAGAUAAAUGAGGAAACUAUCAUUAGCGAAAUUAGUAAAGAUAUAUUACCAGUUCAAGAGAUAAAGAACGUGACACCCCACCUUGCACAGACAGAAAAUCACAAUUCCUCUUUGAUAUUCAACGAAUACCCCAUAGGGCCUGAAUCGGAUUCUGGUCUCGAGGCUUUGUCUCUUCCGAUAGGAGGAAUAGGAGCAGUCCCUGCCGUAGCAAGCACUUUGUUGUCACCGCUAUCGGCAUAUAUUUUUCUUAUUCUGUUAAUUAUCGCGGUUAUGUGGUUCGUGGUAUUGAGACGUACAUGGAAUAUAAAUAACCAAAAUUACUGGAAAAAAGAGUGCGAAAGCAUGAAUGAAGCUGAGUUCUUGGAAUAUAAGCGAAAUUUUGAAACUAAAUUGGUAAUUUCUGAAGCAGAGAAAUUGCUACGUCCGGCUAGUUAUUCAUCUCAG